AUUUGUCAAAUUUUAACCUAAAAAUAACCGUUUUCUAAAAAAAAAGUGUAAAUAAACUAUACAUUGUAACAGCUCGAUAUUUCAUCUCGAAUUUUACGGUGUACAGUGUUUGUUUUACCAACCUUGACAUAAAUUGGGGAUUUUGAUCAAUUGGGAAUAUUCAAUAGUACCCCCAAAAGACGACAAAACUCAACAUACUCCCCAGAACGCACUCAGUUGUACUCAGUUAAGCUGUCAAAUUAUAGAAAGUUUGUUUGUAAACUACAAAUUAAACUUUAUUUUAAACAUUAUAAAAGUUACAUAUUGUUAAUUCGCCAAAUAAAAGCAUGCAACAAACGAUGGAUGAAAAAGAAGAAUUGGUGAAAAAAUCAUUGUUCAGCUUUGUGAGAAAACAAGUUCCUACUGCCCAACUAAGUUUGAUAGAUGAUAUCGUACUGAGUUAUGUAGUCAGUAUGGUCGAAGAAAGUGCACUCGAUGAAGAAUUGGAUGUUGAAGGCUUAUAUGAAAUGGUUUCAGCUUGUUUACCUGAGUUUUCACAAAUUGAAAAAGAAGCUGUUUCUCAAUGGUUACUUGACGUCGAAAGAAUACUGAAACAAGAAAAUAAAGAAGCUGAUGAUUGUCCACCUCAUGAGUCGUUUAGCCAACUGAGUCUUACAGCUUUAUUGCCUCCAGAUUCACAACGAAUUAGAGUUCACCACUUGUCGGAGACUAGUGAUGCUGGAAGUGAUUCUAGUGGAGAAUAUUUUCCAGAACAACAGGAACCAUUUUGGCAUCAGAUAGCUCUGCUCCAAGAGAUGUUUCCAGCAGCAAGUCCAGCUGAAGUACGACAUUGUCUUGCUAUUGCUAAUGGAGAUAUUACUAAAGCUGCUCAGCUUGCUUUACAUCGACAAGAAGCUGGCCAGAGUAUUACUAGUAAUUUCUCCUAUCUUACGUCCAAUCAACGUUCAAAGGCUAGUGUAAAUGAUGAAGAGCUCAAGUCCCGGAUUAUAGCACGGUAUAGUUAUGUAGAUCGUGACGAUGAUUCUCGUGAACAUCGUCCUGUAACUCCAAAAGGAGAGCCGAAGAAGUUAGUUCGCUAUCUAGACAACAAAAUAGUGAGUGUAAAAGGCGAACGAUAUACAGAAAUACGUCGUGAUGGCGAUGACGAUGAUGGGAACGACGGUGGACGAAAACGAAAUCACUGUCGCCCGUAACCAGUAACCCCGCCUCCACCCCCUGAUCCACCCCCCUGGAGGCAGUAUCAUUUACAAUUCAAUAUUGUCUUGAAAUUAUUAAGAUAUUUUGUUAUUUUUUGGUUGGUCAUUGGUAAGUAUUAAUUUAUAUAUUUAUAUCAGCUGGACAUUUCAAUUAAUACUCAAUGUACUCAUGAGUAUUCGUAUUCAUCUUUACAAUUGCAUUUUAACUAAUCAAUAAUCAUCAAUUGACAAUUUGAUGAAGUAAAAGUCAUUUCAAAUAUUGAUAAUCUCAUCAUAUAUUCACUUUUAUGAAUCAAGCUUAAAUCAAUGCUCUUUUUAUUUAUUUAUACUGUCUUUGUUUAUUUAAAUUAAUGAUUGUUUUUAUUAUGUUUUUUUUUUAAUUAUCAUAUUCUCAUUUUCUCCUAUUAUUGUACGAUAAAGAAGUGUGAAAUAUUUUAUUUGUGGAAAAUUGUAAACCACAAACUUGAAAAUUU